CCUAGUAGUAAGAAGUGAGUAGCAAUGUCGUGCCGCAUCCUGAUGCCUUGCACAUCUCCCUGCAACUAAUGUCAAUAUCUGAUAUAAUAAUGGGAAACGCGAAAUGACGGGAGAUGCACCGCUGAAGGAUUUGACAAUUUACCAUUGUCGCGGCGGGUAUCUAUCUCAUUUAACGUUAAUGCAGUGACCACCUCUGAAGCCAGCUCUGGGCGCCUCCCACUCAAAAUUUGUACCCUUUUUCAUUAAUAUAUUUGUCACUGCAGUUACCAAGCAGUUGGCCAGCUGAACUGUCUGGCUUUUAUAUCAUCGUCAUCAACUUAUACUAUCAAGUUUCGACCGGUUUUGCGUAGUCCAAGGAACAGUUAUAACGUUACAAUAGAAACAACCAGUGGAUCACCAACUUGUAUCUCAAUACAGGUUAACAUGUGCAGUUCAGAGAUGCCAAAGUGGAGGAACAUGUGAAGAUGUCCCUGAAGGCAGCAAAAAUUUGUUUGUUUGCAGCAUGGUGCAUUCGACUGGUCCCCCUUGUGUUGCUGUUCGUUUCCUACUACUGUUUCAACUUCUACCUUCAGAGCAAUGGAGGCACCAUUAAGGCUCCAGCUCCUACAAAGUCCCUGUGUGAGGAAUGGAUGGGGCAGGGGAAGAAAUGGGAAAACCUUAACUUCACCAUCACCAGGAAGACCGACCUAUUUUUACAACUGGAGGAUUUCUUCUGGCGACAACAUCUGUCAACGCUUGCAUUGCCUUAUGGUAUUAAAGGCAGUGAAUCACUCCUGCUGAAGAUUUUAGCGGUCACUGCCAAUUGCAAAAUGCCUGCCAGCAUUGAGAAUCUGGAUUGCAGAACCUGUGCAGUCAUAGGGAAUGGAUUUGCUAUCAAAAACAGCUCCCUUGGAGCUGCCAUUAACAAGUACGAUGUUGUGAUCAGGCUCAACGACGCCCCAGUACGGGGCUAUGAGCACGAUGUGGGCAACAAGACCACCCUGCGCCUCUUCUACCCCGAGUCAGCCGUCUACAACCCCAGCCUCCAAAACAACCCGGACACGCUCCUGGUGCUGGUACCGUUCAAGCAGCAGGACCUGCGCUGGCUCAAAGAGAUCCUGUAUGAUGAGAAAAGGGUGUUCUGUGAAAAACAACACCGGUUACUUACAGCAUGCUGGUCCCUCCACUCACAGCGUUCUCUUCCCAAUUUUAUGGUUGACUCUGAAGAAUCAGCUGCGUGGGGAGAAACAGUGAGGAAAGGCUUCUGGAAGCCUCCUCCACAGAUCUGGUUGGGUAAGACCAGUCAGAUCCGUGUGCUGGACCCAUACUUUCUGCACCACACCGCCAGCAAACUGCUCCAGAUUCCUCUAAAUCCAAAGGGCAGAGAGAAACCCGUCCACCCAACCACUGGGAUAUUAGCUGUGUUCAUAGCUCUGAACUACUGUGACGUGGUGCACAUAGCAGGCUUUGGAUACCCCGAGGCCAAGAACCAGAGGCAGCCAAUUCACUACUUUGGUUCCAAUACUAUGAAAUCUAUGAAAGAUUCUUACCAUGACCUUGAUCAUGAGUCACAAACCCUGAGGAAGCUGGAGGAGGCAGGAGCCAUUUUAUAUCUUCAUCCGCAUUCCUGACACAUACACAUAUUUAUGUCAAGACACACACAUAUGCACAAACAUAAGUGCCCACAAACACAUUACACAUGUACAUACACACACACACGUUUGUACAUCUGAGUUGAAUGUCUCUCUGUCUCUUACCCUAUCAUUCUCUCUCCUCUGCAUUGACAGAUGUUAAGGGACAUCUAGUCCUUGAGCCAGGCCCCCUUAUUUUGUUCAAUAGGUACCAUUCAAGGGGAAUAAAAGUCUCAGUGAUUUUUGACAAGAUAUACCACCUAGAAUUAGAAAAUAUGUGAUAUAAUUGCAUAUUCGGUAGCUUUUUGUGUUUUAUUAGCUUCAUGUCCAUUGUGAAUAGGCUAAUAUGUUUAACUAAUAAAUAUCUUCACAAAACCUCCACAAUUGAUUAUUGCAAUAUUGUUUUGUAUUGCAACUUCUCUGAAAUGUUUUUGCAUACAUUUUAAGUACAGAGACCCUUAACACUGAAUAAGGUCAGAUUCAAAUUUCUUCUUUUUGUUUUUCAUUUUGGACAUAUUGAAAUGCAUACAUUUCAUGUUUCAUUAGAUGAUGGUCAAUUUACAUAUUUAUACAUAAUAUUUCAGAAAACCUUCAAUACAAAAAUAUAGUAUAUUGAUAGUAUAUAUAUAUACUAUAUAUAUAUAUAUAUAUAUAUAUAUAGUAUACAAUAGCAUAUAGUUUAUUUUAUAAAGGCAAGGAAACACAACAACAAACAAUAUCCCUGCAUAAGCGUAUAAUAGACAUACAGGGCGAUUACUUGCCAAAAAAUCACUAUGAGACUUAUUCCCCUCAGAUGUUACCAACCGACCCCUCUGGCUCAAGGACUAAUCCUUACAUUUGUACUUCUGCACACAUGAACUUGUGAAUGUUUCCAUCCACUAAUAAUGACACUUGAAAAUCUACAGGUACAUACACACUAUAUAUGACACUCGUGAAAACAUGCCCAUUCUCUAUCUCUCCCUCGCACUUCCACAUGGAUCGAAGUGUGAAACAUUCAACUCCUACUACGCUGGACUUCCUUCUCUAUCUCAUUCUGGAUGAGAUCAGAAAUAAUACUGCAAUUCCAGAAUUGUAUGUCUGAUUUUAGACAGACUUUUAAUAAGAAUAAUUUGUAAUUUAAUUUUUUUAAAUGAUUUCUUCAUAACUUCUACCACUGGAUAUUUUAUUCUAUGAAUUGUUUGAAUUUAUAUUAAAAUUAAAUCAAAUAAAUAUUUUUUUGGUAUGCUG